CGACUUGUCCUCCUCGAAGAAAAACACACGCGCGCACACACCAUUCGAACAGGUUUGGUUUAAAAUUAUCAAUGCACCCAUAUAUCUUUCGUUAUCUCCAGGGCUUUCCACCAUAAUCCCCGCAAAAUCAAAUCGAAUCAUGAUGGCAUACAAUACUUUGAACGCCAAGAGCAAGUCAAACUCAGGGUCGUCCUUUCGCAUCACCCCCACAAACUCGCCAGUCUUGAGACCUUCCACGCGGUCUUCGAUGCACAAGACAUCACUACAACAGGCAGUCCUGACUCUACAGGCGGUAAUUGGUACCACAACCAGCUCACCGCGAGGCUUCUCUAUUCAUGCGGGGAGUAACUCCUUCGCUAUUUGCGCCGGUUCGACCGUCGUUCUAGCAGAACUCGAUGAACAGAAGACCCUCCAACAGCGCUUUUACAGGGCUCGACCCUCCGCAACCAGUGUCAAUCCUGUCACAUCUUUCUACAAUAAUGCCACCCCACCCACUACUCCGGACAAUAGAGCGAAAACUCCGUUAGGCACAAAGUCUGCAGCUCAAAACGCUCUUCACAGUGGGACUCCUGGCAGUGAGUUGGCGGACGGUCAUAGUCCGCGUGCCUGGUCGUCCCGUGAAAGAGUAAAAGCGGUCACCAGCGUCGCGAUCAGUCCGAACGGAGGGUUGCUUGCAGUAGGAGAGACUGGUUAUGGUCCGAGAGUUCUCCUCUACUCCACUGCCAAGGGCGCUUCCUGUGAUGUGCCGCUUUCAAUUCUAACUGAACAUACUUUUGGAGUGCGUGCCCUGGCGUUCAGCCCAGAUUCGCAAUAUCUUGCGACUCUUGGCGAUGUCAAUGACGGAUUCCUGUUUGUUUGGUCCGUCAACCCAAAGACAGGAUCGGCGAGGCUUCAUUCCACUAACAAAUGCACUUCCUUCAUUCGUGACAUGACAUGGGUUGGACAAACUUUAGUCACGGUAGGGCUCCGGCAUGUGAAGGUUUGGAGGCUUCCGGACGUGAGGCCAGGGUCUCCGAAGUCUCGUCUGACUGCUGAGCCAAGUGCCAGUCCAUCUAGUCAUAACCCCAGGGCUUUGUCUGGAAGAAACUGUUUGCUGGGCUCGCUGGCGGAAAGCACAUUCACCAGUAUCGCAGGCAUUUCGGACUGCGAGUCAAUAGUAGGAACAGACACGGGGGCCUUAUGCUUCCUAGAUCACAACGAUGGACCGCAGAAAGUGUCUGUUGCUCAUUAUUUCGACUUUGCCAUUACUUCGAUUGCGGUAGAUCUGGACAGCUCAUGUCUUUGGGUUGGUGGUCGUGGCGGACGUAUUCAGUCCAUGACUCUGGACAAACUGCGUUCACUAACUGUCCCAUCUUCUCCUGCAUUUUCAGGUAGAUCUUCGGUGGAACCAAUCACCAAGGGACCUGCUGUCACAUGUAUGGGGUUCCUUGGUUCCAACCUGAUCGCCGUUGAUUCUAGCAACAGCAUCAAUAUCUACUCGACUGAAGAAAUGAGUGAUGACUUUGAUGUCAACGAUGGUGCUUCAGGAAAUACUCUUUUCGCACACAAGGAUGCUGUUCUUGGUAUCCGGCCGCUCACAGCUGCCAAUGAUCUGGAAGCCGAGUUUUAUACCUGGUCACGCAGCGGCAUGGUUAAGUUUUGGGAUGGCAGAGGCAAAUGCCGGGGUUCACGUUCGAUCGUCCUCGAUCAUCCUUCUGGAGUCAACGACGAGAUUUCCAACGAGCUGAAGGUCUUACGGGUAACUCCAAAUAUGAAUCACUUCGUGUCUGGCGACAGGUUCGGUGUCUUGAGACUCUGGCAGAAUUAUCCUUGGAAGUGUAUCGACGAAGUCCGAGCUCACAGUGGGGAGAUCACCGAUAUCGCCGUGCACUUUUCAGCACGAGGACUCCUUAUUGCCAGUUCCAGUCGCGAUCGCACGGUACAGCUGUUUCUCAAGGCAAAUGAGAGUCUUGACUUGGUCCAGACUAUGGACGACCACGUUGGAGCUGUCAGUCAAAUCAUGUUCAUAAAUGAUGGACAGCGGCUGCUCUCAUGCUCCGCUGAUCGCACGAUUCAUAUUAGAGAGUGCGUAACACGUGGGGUCCACGGCGCGUCCGCAUUCGCGUAUCUGGUCUCCAAGGUGAUAACGUUGAAGGCGUCGCCAGUAUCUAUGGCACUACUACCAGAAAACGAGAACAUUCUCGUUGUCUCUACAACGGAUCGCUAUAUCCAACGCAUUGACCUGAGCUCCGGUCGACAAACUCAUUCGUUCCGAGCCACCGAUGCUGAUUCAACUGAUACAGUCGUCAUGAACUCACUGGCUAUAUCUGCUGAUGCCCUGGGGCAUGAAUCGCCAAAACUGCUCGUCGGAGUGUCGGGUUCAGACAAGUCUAUCCGUGUGUACGACCUAGAACGAGGCGUUCUCCAUGCCGCUGAGUUCGGACAUACUGAAGGAGUUAGCGAUGUUUGUCUGCUAUCGAGGAACUCAAAGUCAUCUCACCAUGGAAAUGAGCGUCUUCUUAUCAGUUCUGGAAUUGAUGGUCUUGUUAUGUUAUGGGACCUAUCGCUGCUUGCUCAACCAGCUCGGGAUCCCACGCACACCGGCAAUAAGGAGGAGCAUGACGCCCCAUUAAAAGCAUCGGCAGCUCUCAGGCCGCCUUUACGCAAAGUGCUGUCCAAGAACGACAUUGCCGAGUUUCAGCGACAAGAAAAUGUCGCGGUCACUCCGACGCCUGCGCGUGGACAUUCUCCGACCUUUCUACGUAAAUUUGCCAAACUAUCUCUUUCACCUUCUCCUAAACCCGGGAGUACUUCCCCGACAACACCUUCGUCGACAACUAGUCGCCGUUCUCCUAUUUCUAGCAUUCAUCGGGAAAGGACUCAUGCAUCACCUUCCUUAUGCAAACAAAAACCCCCCUGUGCUAAGAAAGCCGUGAGCAGCCGCAAAGAAUCUCGCCGUUCAUCCAUGGACUUCCGGACUCGUGCUAGAAGCAUGGGUAAAAGCGAUCUCGGGGCUCUCGACAUGUCUACUGAACAAGUGUGUCGGACAUUGAAGGCUUACCGCAAGAGGCUCAUCAACUCGGCCGAGCAUUUACAUACGCAAAAGGAUCUAGAGACAGAGCUUGAACUUACACUGCGCGUCUUGUCAUCGCGGAACAGAACUCUGGAGAACGAGACUGACAGCAGCGGUAAGGAAAACGAAAAGAUCUCGAGAAUCGGCAAAUUUCACGAAGGCUCAUAUUACCCCGAGCGCCUACCUUCAAUGCCAGAGAUUCGACGAACAGACUCAUGCGCACCCUCGGAGAUUUCUUCCCUCGCCUUGAAUGGCGAUGAUUGAGCGAUGGGGGUUCAAUGGCAGGCCCAUUGCUUUCAUACCUGUUUCAUGUUGGGGAGCUCGUAUCUUCCUCUAAUAUCCUACUUUUCUUUCUCCCUCAAACUGUUAUAGACUAUCCCACAAGUAGGGCCUAUGCAUA